CUCUCUCUCUCUCUCUCACUCACUGUACGCUCCCUCACAGUUUCGCGUCGGCCGCCUCGGGAGAAUCGGAAAUUGCAACCGGGUUCCUGGGUCUCGCGGAUAAGCGGAGCCCCUCGCGCGCGUGGAUUCGAGGUGUUUUGAGGGGGUUUGGGGCGAAUUUGUUGCCGCCGACGAGGAGGAUGGGGAUCUCGAGCAUGCCAGCGCCCAAGGACAGCCUGGUGCUGUACGUGCUGUACAACGCGGUGGUGUCGUUGGCGGCGUUGGCAGCGGUGGUGCGGGCGGCGCUGGUGUUCUUCGGCCUCCCCGCGCCGCCGUCGCUGACGCUCGGCGAGGACGGGGAGGACGCGGCCGUGUCCGUGUCCGCGGCGGUGGUGGGGCCGAGCCUGGCGGAGACGUUCAGGGCGAGGUUCCGCCCGGCGCGGUUCGGGCGGAGGCGCGCCGCGGCGGACUGCCGCGUCUGCCUGGUGCGGUUCGAGCCGGAGGCGGUGGUUAACCGCCUCCCCUGCGGCCACCUCUUCCACCGCGCCUGCCUCGAGACCUGGCUCGACUACGACCACGCCACCUGCCCGCUCUGCCGCUCCCGCCUCCUCCCCGCCGCCGCCGACCCACGCGCGCCGCUGGCGCCGCGGACUUAGGAGGAAGAGGAGGGAAGAUUCCCCGCCGUUCGAGCGCGCCGCCCGCGCCGGCUACGCGCCACCGUCUCCGGGUGGCCUCCCCGUGUGGGCGUAGGAAGCUAGAGAUCCUUUCUUCUUCUUUUUUUUGCACUUUACCCCCUCACUUUUCUCGUUUUUUUCCGUUUCGUACGGUUCGUGCCAACCAACCGAUGUACCGUGUAAAUACGAGAGAGUGCUCCUACGGGUGUAGCACUUCCGUGAUGAGCUUGUGUAUAAACCUUUUUUUUGGGAAUACCAAAAAAGAUCGCGAGAAAAAAAAUACUUCCUACACUUAUCACAAAUCAAAAUUACAUUACCCUUACUGUGGUUGAUGCAAAGGGAGGAGGAAAAAAA